AUGGCGUCAGACGUGGCCGCCCUCGAGGCCGAGGUCAAGGAAUACAAGCUACAGCUCGAAACUGUACAAUCGAGCUUGCAGGUAGAUCCCGACAAUGCAGAGCUUCAAAGCCUCAAGACUGAACUAGAGGAAUUCAUCAGCCUCACUGAGGCCUCCAUCGCCGAGUUGAAGGGGCCGGCAGCAUCUGCGCCGCCCCCGGCUCCAUCCAAACCCUCCCCGCCUCCAGAGAAAUGGUCGAAGGAAAAACAUCCCGCCUACCAAGCCGGAUAUCGCAAGCCGGCCGCGGAGGCUGCUCCGGCAGAAGAACCCUCUCCACCGGUUUCGUUCUCGGUCAAUGACAAUGUGCUGGCUCGAUGGGUGUCUGGCGACAAUGCCUUCUACCCGGCUCGGAUCACGUCCAUCACCGGUUCCUCGAGUAACCCGGUCUACAUUGUAUCCUUCAAGUCGUAUGGGACGACAGAGACCUUGACGGCGAAGGACAUCAAGCCCAUCUCCAGCACUGGUGACUCGCGCAAACGCAAGGCUGAUGGAACCCCAGGCACUUCUUCCUCUCAGGCCGCGGCCUCCAAUCCAGCCCACUCCAGCGUGAUCUCCGCAGCUGCAGAUAUCAACCCGGCCCUGGCUAACCAGGCUCGAAGGGAGCCGAGCAAAGUGAGUGACGGGCCGAUUCGACCUCCGAAGGUGCCGCGCAAAGUCAAGGCCAGCCGCGAGCUCGAGGAGGGUAAGUCCAAGUGGCAGGACUUUACGAGCAAAGCCAAGAUUGGACGAGCGGCCAAGAAGGAGAGCAUGUUUCGAACGCCGGAGGGCAUCAAUGGGAGAGUGGGCUUCACGGGUUCCGGCCAGGCGAUGCGGAAAGAUCCGGCGCGCAGUCGACAUAUCUAUCAGCAGAUUGAAGAUGAUAACUACUGA